CAAUAGUGAAACAACCCAUAAGACCCGUACUAUUUCUGUUGAACAAAAUUGGCUCUUUCGAUCACCCAUUGCGAAGAAAGGAAUGCAUCGGAUUACUUGUUGUAACCGGCGACAUAUAAUCAGAAAUACAGAGUUCUUUUUCAGGCUACAGGUAUUUUACCUUAGUCUGAACCAGACCCAAGUUUAUGCUGAUUGCAGUGUUUUUACUAGUAUUUGCAUGGCUGAUUCUCGAAAUUGAUGAAGAAAUUUUUGUGGGUUCUGCAAUGUUCAUAGGUCUAAUGCUGAUUUCAGUAUAUUUGUCGAGGUAAAUUUGCUUGAAAAAUUAUGAGAAGCUGCUAGCAAUGUUUGUGAUUUUUUUUUUCAAAUUUCUGCUGCUCAAUAGAUGGGGUUCUCGUGGAAGCAUAUCUAUUAAUUUAGCUUGUGAAAGUUCUGAGGGAUUGGUCCUGCUAUAGAACUCCCAAGAAUUCAAUGGCUGCCAUAAUUUCAGGUGGAUUUAAAAGUUUUCUGUAGUGUCUGUUUGCCUUUUUUUCUUGUGAAAUUUUCUUAAUGUUUCGAUAGGGUUUUACAGGUUAUGGUAGGUGCGUUUGUUUCUGCUGUUCUUUUUCGAUUCCCACUUGACCUAGCAGUGGUAAAGUUUGAUUUAAUUUAAUUUUAGAUUGUAAUUUGUGGGUGUUUUAGAAGAACUCAUUCUCAAUUUUGGUCUGUGGUUGUUUCAAAAAAUGGAUUUGGUGGUGUUUUAGUUAGGGUUUUGAUUACAGGUUUUGCUUUGAGUUGUUAUGUUCUUUUGCAUGUUGAAGAUUGAUUUUAAAGUAAUUUUGUGAUAUUUAGGUUGCUUAAUGCAUCUCAAGUUCUCCCACCAUUUGCAUAUUUUCAUUUUAGUUUAGUCUUGUAACUGGAAGGGUUACUGUUCAUAUAGUCAUCUGAAAAUGUUUGAGUCUUGAGUAAUUUUUUUUUUUUUGCUUUUUUCUUUUUUUCUUUUACUUUGAGUAAAGGUUGAUUUGAGUAAAGAACUUGUGGUUUGUUUCUUUUGAAAUGAAACAUUAUUAAAUUGACUUUAGUGGC